GAAUUGUCACUUCUAAAAAAUCGGAGACGAAGUUACAAAUACGUGGAUAAAUAUGGUAAAAUCAUCAAAAAAAUCAACACGUAUGAUUCCCAGAACUCUGAGAGCAAAUCAAUUUUGUGCGUAUGCUGUGCCACAAUGUGGCAUGAAGAAGAUUAUGAGAUGUUACAACUUAUAAAAUCCAUCAUGAGUUUAGGCAAAAGGCACAGCGAAAACAAAGACAAUACUGACGAAACAAAAAAUGCCGACAUAUUUACUCUUCAAGCUAACAUUUUCUUUGAUGAAGCUUUCAUUGAGAAGGAUGAUGCCGAAGAGCAUCCUAACAUAAAUCACUAUGUGGAAACAUUCAUCAAAAUGGUCAAAAAAGCUGCAGAAGAAUUAAUUGGGGAGAACUACAAUGAAGAUUAUGUGAAAAAACUAACGCCUUAUGGAUCUAGAUUAGAGUGGACUCUCCCAUGUAAAAACAAAUUACAUGUCCAUCUGAAGGAUACAAAUAAAAUCAGAUAUAAAAAACGAUGGAGUCAGGUUAUGUACAUGCGUUAUAUUUUGAAGUACCAAUACAAACAACCGCAUUCAAAGUUUGCUGCCGAAAACAUAUAUAUAUUGGCUCUUGAUGGAGAUGUUAAAUUUGAACCAGAGGCUGUCUUGAGUUUAAUGCAGCGUCUGAAAAAAUCAAAGACAAUAGGAGCAGCAUGUGGUAGAAUACAUCCGAAAAGAGCAGGUCCAAUGGUUUGGUAUCAACAGUUUGAGUAUGCCAUUAGUCAUUGGUUACAGAAGGUAACUGAACAUGUGACAGGUUGUGUACUUUGUACUCCUGGUUGUUUCAGUCUUUUCCGUGGAUCGUCAAUUUUGAAGGUUUUAGAUACUUAUAGUGAAGUAGCAACAAAACCAAGGCACUAUUUACAAUAUGAUCAAGGCGAAGACAGAUGGUUAUGUACUUUACUUCUUAAAAACGGAAUGAAAAUCGAAUAUACUGCAGAAUCAGACGCUUACACAUUUGUUCCUGAAGGAUUUUAUAAAUUUUACAAUCAACGCCGCCGAUGGACACCUUCAACCAUAGCAAAUAUUCUAGAUCUGCUAAUAUCUUGGAAGGAAAUAACGGAGGAAAAUAACAACAUAUCUGUCCUUUACAUCUGUUACCAUUUGUGUUUGUUUGUUUCAACUUUAUUAACACCAGGCACUAUAUUCAUGUUAAUAGUAGGAGCUAUCAUUGUCAGCUUCCAAUGGAUUCACUCCUUGAUUAUAUUGAUUUUAAAUAUAAUACCAGUGUCAGCGUUUAUGCUAAUGUGCGUGUAUGCAUCGACACAGAAACAGCUACAAUUUGCAGCCAUCUUAUCCUGCAUAUAUGGAAUCAUUAUGCUGAUUGGCUUGAUUGGUGUUGUUAGAGAUGCCGUUGAUAUUGGAUUUUGCUCGAUUACUACCAUUUUUAUCAUAUAUUUGAAACCGGUGUUUUCCUUAUUUCAGCUAUUCUUCACCCAAAGGAAUUUCUCUGUAUAAUUCCGGGGCUCAUUUACUUCUUUGCAAUACCGUCAAUGUCCAUGCUUAUGUUCUUGUAUGCGAUUGGUAAUUUACAUGAUGUUUCUUGGGGAACGAGAGAGACAAAGUCAGAGUCCUUCAUUGGUAAAAGUCAAGAAGAAAUGGAAAAGGAAAAAGGAUAUUUUUGUAGUUUUGGAAAAUUUUGCACUUGUAUGUUCUGCCCUACAAAUAAUUACACAAAGAGUGACUUUAUAUUGAGUAUUCUUAAUAAAUGGAAGUAUCUCAAAGAUGAUCUGGAUGUGAACCGAGGAAACGCAGAAACAGGGUAUCGAGUUGAUAUUGAAGAUUUGGAAUUCUCAGAAACGCACAGAGAACAGGACCCAGAGGAAAGUUCUUACGUAGAAGUAAAUGAUUAUGCAGACAGGGGAAGUGUUCAAAUCGACGAACAGGAAAAUAAGUGGUGGAUACAAACCAUCAAAAGCCAUCUCAAACCCUUUCACAAAGAUCCUGUGAACAAGAGGAAAUACUUACAAGAAAAAGAAAUAAUUGAAAAAAAAUUAAUUGAUAUGCGUAAUCAAGUGUGCUUGUUUGUUUACAUGCUGAAUGCUUUUUUGAUAACACUCAUAUACUCCUUGACACAGGUAGAUGUAUUCGCAGGUUCUUUAUCCAUAUUUGUGGACUGCAGGGGGAAUCAAAUUGAGAUUGUUCCUAUAGCAGUACUCUUCAUAGUUGUGUUUGGUUUUCUUCUUUUGAUUCAAUUUAUCUGUAUGAUUGUUCAUAGAUUUACUACGCUUGUAAAUAUUGCUGCCAAAACACAGUUCUUUGUCAGCAAAGUCACUCCAAAGACUGAUGAUUGACAGCGGAUAAUAAUAAUAUUUUAGGUAUGUUUGGCUUUCUUUUUUUAUUCAUAUUAUCUGUAUGAUUGUUUAUAGAUGUACUACGCUUGUAAAUAUUGCAGCCAAGAAACAAAUUUUUGUCAACAAAGUAAAUCCAACGACUAAAAAUGACGGCGGAAAAUAAUAAUAUUUUACUUGU